AAGUUGCAGCACGAGCCAUUUAGCUGUGCGAGCUGGGCCAGCUGUAGAGCGCGCGGGCGCGUGUGCGUGCCCCCCCUCUCUCACUACCCCUGCCCCCACGCGGAUAAAAUCAUUACCAAAUACAGAGCUCGAGCGCACGCGGAGUGAUGGCUGCAGCAGCAGCAGCAGCAGCAGAAGCAGCAGCAGCGGCAGCGGCAACCCUGGAUUGUGUUUACGACGCAGAGCACGAGAGCGGCACAACCUCGGGAGAAACGGACACCGCGCGCACCCGAUUUUUAAACGCACAAUCAUUUCCACGCAGCGUCUACGGGUGAGCCCGCCAGGCGCCUCGCUACAUCAGUAGGCUACGUUUGACGUCUCCUUCCUUCGGCGCUGUUUCCCGUUCGUUUAAUAGUUGUUGUGGAGCGCAGCUACAAGGGAGACCGCUCAGCACCACGGCCGUUAUCACAGAUGAGGAGCGCGAGCAAAGUGUUCAUCACCACCGUCAAAAUACCACGCGCGCAACGCCAGCGCGCUGGAACUGGUAUCUAGAACGGCCCAGUAGCCCCCGGCGCCGUCCCCAUCCAGUGGCGCUGCACUUCGCGGGGGGAACCCGAGAGCAUCCCUCCAUCCCACUCUCUCCCUCUCUCUUUCUGCCUCUCUCUCCCCAUCACAUGCCAGAGCUUUAGGGGGGCUCAUCUAGUCUGGGACCGGGGGGGGGGAGGAGGGAGGCAGUCCGUGGCCGCGGUAGACGCACCCUCCGCGUGGUGAGGCUGGGCUGAAGCGCCGCUGUGUCGGAGGAUGCUGCUGGAGUAGAGCGGCUCAGAGCGGAAGAUGGGGAAGGACCAGGAACUGCUGCAGGCGGUGAAGACCGAGGACCUGCUCACCGUGCAGAAGCUGCUGCAAAGGCCCCGGCCAGGGAAAGCAAAGCUCCUCGGUUCUGCAAAGAAAGUGAACGUUAACUUCCAGGAUACAGAUGGGUUUUCUCCGCUGCAUCAUGCGGCGCUCAAUGGGAACCUGGAGCUCAUCACUCUGCUGCUGGAGUCACAGGCUGCUGUCGACAUCAGAGACCAGAAAGGUAUGCGGCCGCUGCACUACGCAGCCUGGCAGGGGAAGGCGGAGCCUAUGAAGAUGCUGCUGAAAUCCGGUUCAUCUGUCAACAGCCAGUCAGAUGAAGGACAGAUUCCUCUCCACCUGUCAGCGCAGCACGGCCACUACGACGUGUCGGAGAUGCUGCUGCAGCACCAGUCCAACCCAUGUAUUGUUGAUAAUGCAGGGAAAACACCUCUGGACCUGGCCUGUGAGUUCGGCAGAGUUGGGGUGGUCCAGUUGUUACUGUCCAGUAACAUGUGCGCUGCUUUGCUGGAGCCCAAAAAAGGAGACACCACCGACCCCAACGGGACGUCUCCCCUCCACCUGGCCGCCAAGAACGGACACAUAGACAUCAUCAGACUGUUGAUCCAGGCAGGUAUCGACAUCAACAGACAGACCAAAGCGGGUACUGCCCUGCAUGAAGCCGCUCUAUGUGGAAAGACCGAGGCAGUGAGACUCCUGCUGGACAGUGGUAUCAAUGCCACAGUGAGAAACACCUACAGCCAAACUGCGCUGGACAUCGUCUACCAGUUCACAGCAACACAAGCCAGCAGGGAGAUCAAACAACUGCUGAGGGAUGCGUCAGCGGCCCUUCAGGUUCGGGCUCUGAAGGAUUACUGCAACAACUACGACCUGACCAGCCUCAACAUCAAAGCAGGAGACGUCAUUACGGUUUUGGAGCAGCACCCUGACGGACGCUGGAAAGGCUGUAUCCAUGACAACCGAACAGGAAAUGACCGGGUGGGCUACUUCCCUUCCACAAUGGUGGAGGUCAUCAGCAAGCGCACAGGUUUGGCCAGCACAGUCAUUUGCACUCAACAGUUUCAAAAGAUACCGCUGGUUCCUCCGGCGACGGUUGCCCCUGCCAACGCGGUAGUCAACGGCAACGACACCACGUUCCAUCAGAUCCAUAUCCUGCCUCCACCGCCUCCUCCUCCACCACAUUCUCAUCAGCCACUGCUUCCACUUUUCACUUCCUUUGGCUAUAACAAGUCGCCCGUGACAAGCCCACAGGGAGACACACCCACUGCCCCAGGUUGUCGCGGCUCAGAGGCAAGUCCUCACAGCUCUCCCACCCCAUCCAGCGGGCCCCAUGGAGGCUCCAACGAAGAGAUCUGGGUACUGCGCAAGCCAGUGGCAGGUGGAGACCGCAGCAGUGUGGGUAGUUCUGGCAGUGUGACCAGUGUGAGGUCGUCAGGCAGUGGUCAGAGCGCCGGCAGCGCCGCACACAUCCUCCAUGCACAGGCUGAAGGGGUUAAGCUUCUAGCCACAGUCUUGUCCCAGUCUGCCAAAGCCAAGGAGCAUCUAUUGGAGCAGUCCAAGUCUGUGGACCAGCCUGCAGCAGGCUCCGCCAGCUCCUCUCGGACAACAAGCCAAUUGGGCUGUCCACUCCACGAAGCGCCGCCUUACGACGCCACAGCAACCAGGAAGGGGGAGGGGCCGGGCGAGGGGAAGAGCUCAGAGGCCGUUGUCCAAUGGCUGAGCGACUUUCAGCUGCAGGUCUACGCUCCAAACUUCCUGGGCGCUGGGUAUGACUUGCCCACCAUUAGCCGAAUGACCCCAGAGGAUCUGACUGCUAUUGGAAUAACUAAACCUGGUCACAGAAAGAAGAUGACGUCAGAGAUUAACAAGAUAAGUGUUAACGACUGGCUGCCUGAGCAGAAACCUGCCAGUCUAGGCGAGUGGCUGUCUGCUAUUGGUCUAAGCCAGUACCACCAGGUGCUAGUGCAGAAUGGUUACGAGAAUAUCGAAUUCAUCACGGACAUCACCUGGGAAGACUUGCAGGAAAUAGGCAUCAUCAAACUGGGCCACCAGAAGAAGCUGAUGCUGGCGGUGAAGCGAUUGGCUGAAAUACAACGCAGUUCAGAUGGACGGGGCUCCCUCAGAAAGAAGCCCCCGCCAAUCACACAGCAGCAGGAAGUCAUGUCAAUGGACAGCCCACCUCUAGACGAGGUCAUGUCUCCAAAGAUGAGCACCUUCCAGGACAGCGAGUUGAGCACUGAGCUACAAAGUGCCAUGACCCAGACAGGUCAAGAGGUCAAAGCUCAGCGAACACGCACCCUCAGCAAAGACCAUGAUGAGGUAAUGACAGGAGGAGGAGGAGGUGGUGGUGCUGGGCCACCUAAGAAGGAGGCGCGGACUAUGAGGCAGCAGAGCAGCCAGGGAAACACCUCCUCUCACAGAGGCAGUGUCUCCUCUCAAGGGAAACACCGUCACUCCCACUCCCAUGCCCAUUCCCAGCCUGCGCCUCCCUACACGCCCCCUCACACCCCUACCAAGACUAGAACCUCAUCUUCCUCCUCCACCUCCUCCGUCCAGAGCACAGCUUCCCCGCAGGCCAAACACAAGCCGUCCCCCCAGUUCAUCCAGGGGGAGAGACCUCAGUCGCCGCGCUCCCACCCCCCUCAGUCUCCAACCCACCGCGGAGCUCCAUGUACCCAGCCUCAGGCCCAGCAACAACAGCCUCAAGUCCAGCCGCAGCACCAGGCUCCCCCUCAGCACCAUCCGCAGACACAGGUCAUGGAGGUUAGGGAGAGCCAACAACCACAGGUCCCCCUCCUCUGCCUGCCACCAGAGGCUGAGCUGGCUGAGGGAGAAGGAGCCGAGCCUUCUGCGCUCCAGAAGAAACGCGCCCACAGCCUCAACAGACACGCCGUCUCAGAUGGUGAGUGCGAGGAGAAGGCAGGAGGAGGCGGAGGAGGAGGAGAAGGAGAAGCAGAUGUAGUGGGAGGUCAGGGCUCUGCUGUCGUCAGAGGGGAAGGAAGUAAAUACGCCACAGUGACCCACCGAGUCAGCCGCAGCCACUCCGUCCGCAACCAGGACAAGAAUGUCAACCGCAACCAGACGCAGUCCUUUGCUCUGCGUCAGAAGAAAAAAGGCCCGCCCCCACCGCCACCCAAACGCUCUAGCUCUGCCAUCUCCAACUCCAACCUGACAGAUGCCAACGCACAGCCGCACGCGCUCACCACCACGGGGGGGAUGUUGGAUGUGCCUUACCACCAACAGCGGCGGGCCAGCGACCUGGGGGUGUCUGUGGAGACAGGUGUUGUUGAGACCAGCAGCGUGGGUAGUGUGAGGAGCAUUGCCGCCAUGUUGGAGAUGUCUUCUAUAGGAGGGGGACCCAAAGGCAUGGCGCUGCAGAAGAAUUUCCUGCAGGUGGGGAAAACACGUGAUGCCAUUGGUCUGGACGGUGAAGUGGUGAACCGACGGCGGACCAUUAGUGGCCCUGUCACCGAGCUGGUCGCGGCUGCCAGGCGUGACCAGCCAGCUCCCUCUGCUUUCCACUCUCCCUCCGCCCAGCCUGAUACCUCCCCUCUCCCUGUAAAUUCCUCCUCCCCCCACACUCCGUCCUCCCCCCACCCCAGCUCGGGAGGUAGCGGCAGUUCAUUGGAGAACCUGCCGUUUGCAGAGGAGGGAAGCCUGACCAUCCGCCGCCAGGGUCGAGGAGAAGGAGAAGGACAGUGUGUAUUUUGUGUUUGUCUGCAGGGUGACGGCGAGGGUCCCCAGGGAGACGGAGGUUACACGCAAGAGGACGUCUCCAGGGUUGAGGCCACAGCGACCUUAAAGCGACGGCCCCGCAGCUCCAAGCCCCACCCCAACGGCUCCGACUUCACCCUCCAGGAGUCGUCCACCGUCAAACGACGGCCCAAGAGCCGCGACAAGGAGCCUGAGGGCUUUGCAGACCUGGCUGGGGCUAAUGGAGAGCCCGUGGGGACUGGGCAGCCGAACACCACGCAGCCAGUACCCUACCAGAACGGCACGGCCACCAUGAAACGCCGCCCGGUGUCUGAUACUGGAGUGACAGAGCAGCCACAACCUCAACCUCAACCCCAACAUCAACCUCAACCGCAAGUGACUGCUGCUCCUCGCAGGGACAGUGUGGACCAAGGAGCUCCAGUGGGCAAUGAAGGAGGUCCGGUGAGAAAACCAAAGCCACCUGUCUCCCCGAAGCCUGUCGUGGCACAGAUAAAGAGACAGGGAGGCCCACUGACCCCCCCACAGCCUGCCUCCAACAAGAGAGUCCCCCUGCCUGGCCCUGGGACGCCUGGAAGCCCAGUGGAAGGAAAGAAGAUCCCUCCACCUGUCUCGCCGAAACCGGUGCCCCCGCCCACGGCACCCAAACCGGCCAAGCUCAUCCACUCCAUGACCAGCCCCCCCUCCCCGACCCCGGCCCCUGCCCCGGUCAAGCUGCACUCUGCGGUGGCCCGACAGGCCAGCUCACCCCCCUCCUUUCCUCCUUCCAACAUCCCCAGCCCGCCAAACGCCAAGCCGCUGAGCCCUACUUCCCAGAGCCCCCACACCCCACAGACUCCCACUACACCACAGACGCCCCAGACUCCUGCCACUCCCAGCCCGACCCCGCCACCUGUCAAGCCCCCUCGCUCCUCCAUUGGGGGUGUGUCGGUGGACAGUGGGAUGGCGGGAGGUGGGAUCACGGCUCCAGCCGCUACGACGACAGACUUCGGUGUGGAUUCUUUGGUGCAUCAGAAGCUGGAGGAGACGAGUGCGUCGCUGGCCGCGGCUCUGCAGGCCGUGGAGGAUAAGAUACUGCGGCAGGAGGACUCUGUGGCUGAGCAGAAGACCACGGUUAGCAUCCUCGAUGACAUCGGCAGCAUGUUCGAUGACCUGGCCGACCAACUGGACGCCAUGUUGGAGUAACCAUAGAAACCAGUCAGCGUGUCUCCACGUCAACGCUGCCCCAAGAGUGACUCAGAUGGCACAAUGGGCAAUAUGCCUCUCUAUCUCUCUCUAUCUCUCUCUCCUUCUCUUCAUCCUUCUCUCUCUGCCGCGCUCAUCCCUUUCUCACUCUUCCUGUCGUCCAGCCGUCGCUGCUCUGGAAAACCUCUUUUCUCCUCCUCUUCCUCUCAUCCCCUGUCGCUGAUGAUGAAAAUGAUGAUGGAGCAGCGCCGCAGAACUGGACAGACAUGUGGCAGAGAGAGUGGAUAAAGAGAGAGACGCUAAAAGAAAGGGUUAAAAAAAAAGGACCAAAAAACGACUGAUGUCGAGAGAAAAUUAACAAAAAUAAAUAAAUCACAAGAUGGAGAGAUGAAGAAAUGCAACAAAAGGAAGGAGACUGCAAUCAAAACGUGGGUCUUUUUAGAACUCCACAUGGACUCUUGAAGCUAUCAUGGCGAACAAAUAAACUAAACUAAUACUGAUUGAAAAACCAACUGUGUAAUGAAUCAUAGUAUGGUAUGUGUACAUUCUAAGCAUGGAGAGUUUAUAUCUACUGAAAAAGUCCUGCAUUAGCACAGUAAUAUAUAAUAUACCGAUAAAUAUGAAUCUCUAGCUCUUUGGUUUGAUGUCUUGGUUCUGUGUGGAAUGGUGACCUCUGGUGUUGUGACGAUGUAAAUGACUUGGUGGAAAGAUUUUUAUCUGUGACCAAAACGAGACUAUUUAGCUCCUGAGGUGUGUGUGUGUGUGUGUGUGAGAUAGAGACAGUGUGACAGAUGUGUGUAUGUGAGCUUGUGGAUUGUUGGAAUUUCAGGAUCCAAUUCAGUUUCCUGUCCUGGCUGCAUCCAUACACUCUGCUGCAUCCUCAUAAUCUCCCUCAACGUACACACACACACACACACACACUUAGGAGAAGCACAAUGACCCAUGCAGCCAGCUUGCACACACACGGGAGGGAGCCCGCACAUUAUCAGGUUAAGGGGGGUGGGGGGCUGCAGUAAGGCGACAGCAGGUUGUCUGGAGGCAGACGUUAGGUCCUGGGGAUUAAGUUGGCAAAGUUUUGGAGAAGGAUUUCAGGAUGCCGUUAAAGGGGGCUGGGGUGCGAGGUUUUAGAAAAGGCAAGGUUGAGGUAAUAGAGUUGGCCAGUUUUUCAGGAGGAUGAGUCUUGGGGUCAAAGGUCAGAUUGGGCUCAGUUGCACCACAGUUUCAAAUCAUUCCUGAUACCUGCUGUUAUUUCAGAAAAAUAAACGCGGGUGUAGCAACGAACGUCAGGUUUCCCACCUUCAGAAAACUGAAUCAUGUUUAUUAUAGAAACCUUUUGAUUCAUGAUUUUGUCAAAUUGUGAAACGUUUAAAAAAAAAUCGGAGUACUUUCAUUGUGAAUCCAUUUUCAAACACUUUUAAGUAGGAAUGCAUUGAACUUUUUCUCCUCCGAUACCUUGACUCAGGGUGAUACUGAUGCAAACGCCCGAUCCAGUAUUAGUGCUCUCUUUGAUCCAAAAUGUAAAGAUCCCCUCCAGACACGUUUUAAGACAUAUUAAAAUACUCUGAUUACUCCGAAUAGGGAUUUGCGUCCGAUAUGGUUUUUCCACAAAAAAGUUCAUUUACCUACUUAAAAAAUCUUAAAAUUACAUGUGUCUUCUCCUUCAUUGAAAAAUCCAGAAUCUAUGAAUACAUGCUAAUAUUUUUAUUCUCACUACGAGUUUAACUGCUGAACACAAGAUGUCUCCUACUUCACACAUUUUGGACUGGAGGGGGACUUUAAAAUAUAUAUAUAUAUAUAUAUACUACAAUGUGUAAAACUCAUUGGAAUUAUUUUUAUGUGAUGUAACAUAAAACCUGAGCAGUCAGCCGCAUCCUUGAGUGUGUGAAUGUAAGUGAUAGCGGAGACACUGAAUUUUUAAAUAACACUGAUGAAAUGACUCUUUUUAAUGUGGAUUGGUCAUAUCUGGCAGAUACCAGAUCCAGUUAAUACGGUCAGUAUCGGCCCGAUACUGAUGCAUCCCUACUUUUAAGACCCUAUAUUAAUUCAUACUUUUAAGAUCCAUAACUUUCCUGAAUCCCUGCGUGGGAUCCCUGAUUUUUUUUUUUUCCACCAGGAAAUAAAAAGUAACUUACCCAAACCUCUCCUGACACCUUUCCAGCUCUAUCUCUCUCAUCCCACACUCUCCAAACCACCCACCCCGUGUUGCCAUGACAAUCUACAUCAUCAGCCUCACCAUCCUCAUCGGCAUCACCAUGGUUACUACACGGUGUGUUGCCAUGACAGCGUGUUCAUGGGAUUAAAAAACAAUGUGCUAAGAUGGAGCGAGCGGCAGCAGAGAUCUGUGAAGCUGGAUGGUUUGUUUCAGGGCAGUGUUUAAAGGGGCGCUCCAGUGAUUUAGUAUCGCACUUCCAUAAAGCUGGGGGGGUCUGGUGUGGGUCAAGCGUCAAAAGCACUUCUACACUUCCCAUGGGGCAACUCAAUAGCCCCAGUAGCUCAGCUGGUAGCGUGUGAGCUCCAUGUACAAGGCUGAGUGCUUACUGCAGCGGUCUGGGUUCAAAUCCAGCCUGUGGCCCUUCAGCUGUUACUAUCAAAUAAAGGCAAAAAAUAAAAUCAUUUAAAAAAAAAGUGUCUUUCAUUAGACUCGUUCUGCCUGGUAAACGCCCGUGUCUUUCAAACUCCAUGACCCCAUUUUGUAAGCCGUACUAGCCAGGACAAGUUAACUGAUCUUCAUGCGUGAAAUUGGUGGAGUGCCCCUUUAAGUUCCUCGAACCAACCAGAAGCUGCAUCCAGCGAGGUGCAACACUCCGAUAUUCCAUUUGCACCUCGGUCCAUUAAGGAAAUCUAGGUUUCACAGUCCCAUAGCAGCCACACUCAAUAUAUAAAUGAAUAAGAAUUCAGAGAAUAGUUGUGGUAUUUAAAUUAUGAUCACAUAGAGAUUAUAUAUAUGGAUAUUUGCAAAAAAAAAAAAGAAGUGUAUUUAUGAUAUGUGUGUCAUCCUGAAGACUAUUUUUCAAAGUAAACAGAACUAAUCUGAGUGUUGAAUCAGUUUGCUUCUCCAUGCUUAAGUGGUCCGAGCUGAUGAAUCAUUGUAGGAUACCAUGUUGGGACAUUUCCAGGAAGCGUUUCUGUUUUUUUUAAUUUUUUUGUGUACAUGUGUCCAGGUGUGGCGAUCUGUAUAAUACAAGCAAUUCUUGUUGUUCUGUUUUAUUAUUUUUGUAUGAUUUUAAAUGCAAUGUUCAGUUUUUUGUCUUUGAAACAUGUGCCUUGCUUUGUGAUUUUGGUCUGACUACAAUACAGUAGAUGGGUAUGUACAAUAUAUGGGGAUUCUCUCUUCUGUUUUGCUUAGUUAUUUAAUACACCCCUCCCCCGGCCCCCCAUCACCAAUGAGAUGCGAUAUUUGAAACAUAAAAUCAUCAGACCUAAACUAAAGCCAGGUAACCACAAGGGACAUCUUUUUCCUACUUGCUUUUCUGUUGUUUACAAUCAGUGUUUGAAAUGAACACACAGUCUUUGUCCUUUUAAAACUGAGUCUUCUCCAUCUGAUUGGACAAUACGACAGUAAGAUUCACACAAUGUGUUCACAUGCUUGCAGGGACGUGCAACAUCUGGGUCUCCCAGGUCAGCUGUUGCAUUCCUGUGCUAUUUUGUCAGAACAUUAAAGGUAGUAAAAGUGCAACAUUUUGGGAAAUGAUUUUCUUUCUUGCUGAGAGUUAGAUUAGAAGACGGUAAAUAUGAAACUACAGCCAGCAGCCGGUAAGCUUAGCCUAGCAUAAAGUCUGGAAACGGGGGGGGGGGGGGCUAGCUAGCUCACGAAUGUACAGUGUUAUAUCUUGUUUGUUUAAUUAAUACAAAAACCGAAGUGUAAAAACAACACUUUUCUUACCUUUGGACAGAGCCAGGCCAGCUGUUUAGUGUUUUAGUGUUGUCUUUGUGCUAAGCUAAGCUAACUGCCUGCUGGCUGUAACUUCCCGUACAGCGUACAGACCUGAGAGUGGUAUCAAUCAUCUCAUCUAACUCUCAGCAAGAAAGAGAAUAAACAGAUUUCCCAAAAUGUCAAACUACUACUUUUAACUGUAGAUUUAUUAAUAACAUGCCUGUAAUGGACACUAAUCAGGUAAAUGUCAGUUAUGAUGGUUGGUCCAGCUGUUACCAGAUGUGUAAUAAAUGUAGGUGUAUAUUUUUAUUUUCUUACAUCUGGUGCGUAGGUCAGAUUUCAUCGUUGCGUUAAAAAAAACAGGUACCAAAUUACUCUCUGAUUUUUUUCCAACUUGAUGUGAAAUUUCCAAGCAGAAAUGACGUUUUUCUCAUCUAUUUUGUAGCACGUGAACGCAUGGUAACAUCACUUCCAUGGCAACUUCCCCUGAUCAAGACUGUUGAGGCUGUACAGAGGUCAAAGGUCAACUCUAGUUCUCAAUGCAGACGUGCCCCCGGUCGCCUCCCCUCACGGCUGCAGCUUACAGCCAGACAUUCUUGUUUUGUAAACUCGGCCGUGCUACAUCUUGCCCUUUUCUCCUCCUUCCUUGGGUGUCCUUUUGGUAAUCUCUCAUGUUGCAGGCAUUACUUCGAAGUGUGUUUGGGCGCGUGGGGAUUGGGGUCAGGCUACAAAGCUGAAAUACUGCAGAUGGUGAAAAAAAAACACAGAUGGUCGAAUAUGUUGUGGAGCAAAAGUACUGUUCAUUUUCUUUCUUAACAAAAGAAAAAGCCAAGCUGUUUUUAUUUGAUUUUCCGCCUGUGCUUAUCUGAACGGAUACCGGACCGGUGUCUCCUCCGCUCUGCAGUGACUGUAUGCGAGUGCUUGUGAGAGGCCGCGUGUGUGUUACGUGUUGCUCUGCUAUUGACUGUAUGAAACCUGUGUGUGUGAGUGUGUGUAGUGACUGGACAGUGGUGUGCUUGCAGUGACUGCAUCUUAUGGCCAUCUGCUCUGAAUAAAUAAAUGUUCUAUACAAACUG